CAAGAUGCACAGCUGGUUUGGUGCUGUUCAUGUUCAACGUUGCCGCCGGCUGCCACUCGAUCCCGCCCCGCGUGUGAUUUUUCUAUUGCUCCCAAAAGUCGCUCAUCCCAGCCGGCGCCUCGAUUCGCCCGUUAGUUCCCCUCGGGUCUCCUCCGCCUCCGCCUCCGCCUCCGCUGCCCCCACCCACCAGCCUCCAGAUCUCCGGGGCCCGGUUCGGCCUCGCGCGGGCGCGGUCAUGCGGCGGGGCUGGGCGCUCCUCCUCCUUCUCGCCUUAUCGGUCGUCGCCGUCGUCGCCGCGUCUGAGGAUGGUACAGAUAUCCUACCGGGAGGGACCAGUAACGGUACCGCUAUAGCAGAUUCAGGUGUGGGUGAAAUAGGACAAAGUGGCGAGACAAAUCCUAAGACACAGCACGGAGCGCAUGAGGAGGUGGGAUCCAAGAACAUAAUUGCCGAGAACAAUGGGAUGGAUAUCUCCGUAGGAGGAACUAGCACGGGAGGAGACGAGACAGUGCAGAAGCCAGAUGGCAAAGAUAGCAGCAUAGCAAAAUCCUUGACAGGCUUUUUGCAGGAUCCUCUUGUCAAGGAGUGUGAUCCAUCUCAUAGAUGUCUCAUUGAAAGCAAGAAGUUCAUCGCCUGCUUGAAAGUUCCUGGAGAAGAUUCGUUAGCCCUAUCACUCUUGAUGGACAACAAAGGCAUGGACUUACUUGAGGUUAGCAUCACAGCCCCAGAAUAUGUCACCGUAGCCGAAGAGAUAGUCCAUGUUGCAGCAAACAAUCACAAUGAGACACAGGUGACUGUCUCUGUCAGUGAUGCCGUGAAUGACACAAGGAUAGUUCUCAAAGUGGCAGAAGAAACAUGCACUAUUAAUCUUCAUACUGCAGUUGCAGUCACAAGGAACACAGGACGAGUGAUUCCAAUGCGGCUAACUUCGACCUACGUGCUGGUGCCUGUAUUUGUUCUUCUUGGACUGGCGGGAAUAUGCAUCAAACUUCGAAGGGCACGUAAGCAAGACGGCGGAUCAGCAUACCAGAAGCUCGACGCCGCAGAGCUACCGGUUUCCAUCGGAGGAAAGAAAGAAGCCGAUCAACCUGAUCAGUGGGAUGACAACUGGGGAGACGAUUGGGGCGAUGAGGAGGCACCAUCGACGCCAUCCAAUCCUACGUUGUACCCAUCAUCGAAAGGCCUAGCUUCAAGGAGAUCGACGAAGGAUGGCUGGAAAGAUUAAGGGUUAGCAAACAAAGCUUCUAUGAAUAGAUUAUCGAUGAGAUAGUUCUGAUGACUAUAUUAUUUUGACUUCUUUUAAUAGGAAAUUUUGCUGUUCUAGCUCUUUGGAUAGGUUUCAGGAGGAUCAGGGAAUGUAAUUCACUGAUCAACCACUAGAAACAUGGAUGCUCUUGUGCUAAUUUAAGUUACUCGUGAAUGAAUGCAUUCUUUUACUAUGUACAAAACCGAUUUUGAACUAUACUUUUUUU